AUGUCCGCCAUGGAACAAACGUCAUCAUCACCUGUUUUAGAUUUUUACGCGGGUGCAAAAGUUUUAAUAACUGGUGGUACAGGGUUUUUGGGUAAAAGUUUAUUGGAUAAAUUACUUAGAGUUUAUUUUAGUGAUCCUCCAAUAACGGAAAAAAAUUUUUUAAAUGUAAUAAAUUCAUUACCGAAUGAAAAAAUCGAUGAAAUAUCACCUUAUCUAAUAAAACCAUGGCCAAAUAAUUAUGCAUAUACCAAAGCCAUUGCAGAAAGUAUAAUUGUUGAUAAUAUUAAAGAUUAUCCUGUUGUUGUUUUGAGGCCAUCAAUAGUUAUGGGUUCAUACAAGGAACCAGUACCAGGAUGGACAGAUAAUUUAAAUGGUCCCACUGGAAUUUUAGCUGGCGUGGGAUCUGGACUUUUAAGAGUUCUUUGGGUUGAUAAAAAUGUCAAUGCUAAUUUAGUACCUGUGGAUAUGGUUGUAAAUGCUUUAUUAUGUUCGGCAUGGGAUGUUGCAAACAAUAAAAACACUAGUGAAAAUUAUAAUAAAAAAAAAUUAUAUGAAAAAAUGGAUUCCAAAGAAAAUUCAGAAAUUAUUGCUGAAAAAAAUUUAAAAGUUUAUAAUUUCGUUUCGAAAAAAGAUAAUUCAAUCACUUGGGAAGAUUUUUUAAAAAUAAAUUUUAAACAUGGAGUUAAAUAUCCAAUGGAAGUUUUCAUUUGGUAUUAUACAGUAUCAUUAUUUAAAAUGAAACUUUUCUUUAAUAUUUUUACCGUUUUGUAUCAUUUUAUACCCGGUCUAUUUAUGGAUAUGGUACUAUUUUUAAUUGGAAAAAAAACACAAUUUAUAAAAGCUUACAAGAAAAUUUAUUCAUUUUCUUCAGCUUUGGCAUUUUUUGCUAAUCACGAAUGGCAUUUCAAAUAUAAAAAUGUAGAUAAUUUGUGGGAUAGAUUAUCCGAUGAAGAUAAAAAACUUUUUCAUUUUAAUAUGUCAGAAUUAGAUUGGGAUGAGUAUUUUAAAAAUGUUAUUAAAGGACUUAGGUGUUUUAUAUUUAAAUUAAGUGAAUCUUCCAUAGAAAGAUGUAGAAAAAAGUUAUUCAUGUUUUGGGUUUUACAUAAACUACUUCAAGUGUUUUUAGCAGGAUUAUUCAUUUGGCUAGUCAACAAAUAUAUUUUUCAAAUAGGAAAUUUUUUUUAUAAUAAACCGAUAGAAGAAUCAAUUGUUUUGACGCAGAAAAUGGUAACAAAUUCUUCAUGA